UUACACUUGGCGUGCACGGUUCUCAGCCUCUGCGCGUCGAGGGCCUCGAGUCCUGACUCCAACGUGCUCGGCCCCAGCCUCCGCCCCUGUCUCUGCGGCUGCGCGAAGGGGCCGAGGGUUUGCGCCGGCGCGCGAGGGGCCGAGAGGGGCGCGGUUUGAAAUUUCGAACGUAAAUCCCGCGGUUAACGGCCGUCAUUGUUGGUGCGCGUGCGCCGCCGUGCAGUGGAGGGCGAAGUACAAGCGCCGUCCUCACACCCUCUCUGUGCGCGUGUGGCGGAGUAUGUGGCUCGGACAAGACAAUAAAAUAUGGAUGCUGCAAAUAUUCCUCCACGAAAGGGUUUCAGAGCAAAGAAAACUCUUAAAGUAAGUGACCGCCAGCAGUGGGAAUCAUUGCUCCGAAGAAAACAUCACAUUGAGAUUGAACAGCCAUGUAAAGAAUGUAAUCAUCAGGGAAACAAUUUGCAGAGCAUGAAUGCUGGAAGUAUAGAUGGUGGUAAAUCUAAUGAACUCUUCAUUUCAAAACAUGAACAUAAUAAGCCUGCAGAAUCUGAACUAAACCAGAGUACAACGUUUAAUGAUAAUAUCAAAGUCAUUCAGACUAAGUUCAAAAUAUUGCCUGAUGUUUGCAGAACAGAAAAACGGCUUGAGAAUCAACGGUUAAAUAGUCAGAAAAGUUUUCAAAUCACUGGUCACCUAGAAACUAAAACGCAUCUUCAGAUGGAGCAUCAGAAUAUUAGCUUGCUGAAAAAGAUUAUAACUACAUCUUCAAAAACUAAUAAUCAAAACAAAACUGGUGCACAUAGUAGCGCUAUUCAUUCAUCAUAUUUUGUAUUAAAAGAGGACUUCAAUGGAGCUUCUAAAACCAAUUCUACCAACGCUCCAGAGCUGCUGGAUCAGAAAAAUAAUGUAAACUCCAUUAGUUUGGAUAAGACACAGAACGUUGAUCCAGUCUAUCGCAUUGUUGAUGUUGAAAAUCUUAAAUAUAUUUCUUCAAUCUCCAAUGAUAGAACCAGUAAACUGAAGAAAUUAAAGCUUUCGCUUGUUCCUAUGGUAGAAAAUUUGUCCACUGAAUCGGAGGAGAACAUAAUGUAUAAUAUGCAGUUGUCAGCAUUACCUGUUACUCAAAAACUAAAAUACAAAUUUAAUGAAAGUUUACGUUCUGAAAGUCUAAGUUCCAGUGUUCCAAAAUACAAUAAUGAAGAAAAAUCGGAUGAAUUCAAUAUUCACACGGAUGAUCAGGAUGAAAUUACAUGUACCCCAAUUAUACUAAAGGAGUUGAAAAGCCCUGAUCGACCUCGCAAAAAGAGGACACAUUCUAGUGAAAAAAAACAUAAGCGGAAGAAAAUCAGGACAUCACAUAAUGUGAACAGUGGCCAUCUCAACUUAAGUUUUGAUAAAAGUACAGAGACUACCAAGAAGAUAACCUGGGAUGAGAUGCAAAAGGUGCUUCACAGAAGGAUAGCCGCAGAACUUAGUAGUGAUAUUUUGGGCAAGAAAGUUGAAGAGUUAACAAGACGAAUUGAAAAUAUUGACUGCACGCAAAAGCAUGAAGAACUGGCGCAAAGUAUUCAAACGAGAAUAAAUAAUUUGGAAAAAAAAGUAACAACUGUUUUACAGACUAUAAAUAGACCAUCGGCCAGGAGGAAACCAGAGGAGCCUAAAAUGCCUCCUGUACCACAUUAUCCAACUUCUGCAGCAGAUCUGAAAAAUGCGGAGCCCACAACAUGUGUAAACUACAUGGAUUUGUCUGCAGUUCCGUCAGACCAGAAAUUACAGCUUUUGCCUCAUGAGAAAACUUCUGAUUCUACUAACUAUGAAUUGAACUUGCAACAACUUAAAAGAAAAAUGCCCAAUGAUGCAAAGAUUACAAAGAAUAUUCCAUUACCAAAGAAUUUGGACACUGUAACUCCAGCAAGUACACACUGCAGUGGUGUGGCUUCAAAAACCGUACAAUGGUAUAUGGUGUCUCCAAACACACAAAUUUGGCAAUCUGAUAGCAACCACCAACAAAUGCAGGAGAGUAUUCUGACAAGUAAUAAAAUGAUAAUUGACCUUACAAAAGGUGAUGAAUGGUGCCUUAACAAUCAAAGUAGGAAAGAAGGAAUUGGCCAUUGAUGAUAAUGCCAGGAUUUAAUUAUUGUCUGAAUAAGAAAACCCAUCAGCAACCUAGAUGCAGUAUUUCAAAAUACAAAUGCAUAUCCAGCUCAGUCAACCUUGUAAAGUUCUCUGUAUGAGUAGCUGCUGCCUAAGACCAAAUGUUGUCCCACACAAAUAGUAGAAUCAUCCUAGAUUCUUUCAUCGUUAUCCUUUUGAUAGCUACUACUCUAUUAACGAAAGAAUAGAAUGAGUCCAUAGGAGCCCUCAAACCUGAUUCUAAAUCUAUGAAUUCUUAUGAUACGAAGUCAUCUAUUGGUGUGACUUGGAUAGUCAACUCAAAACAUCACUUAUCCAUGUCUUCCAGAGAUGCUGCCUGACUUGCUGAGUUACUCUUUGCGUUUUAUGCAAUAUUCUAGUUUCCGCAGUCUUUGUGUUUGCUCUCUAACGUCAUAUAUUACUCUCCUUCAAUUGAUAAACUGUGCGGGAGAGGUAGUGGUAUAAGCAAUGGCACAGAAUGUACUUUGGACAGAAGAUCUCACCAAGUACCAGCAGGUAGUUCAGCAGCACCUAACUGGCCAAGUUCCAAAGAAAAAAUGCUGUGUCUGGCAGUAUGAAAGAACACGUUAAAUAGGAUACAAAAUGGCCACCACACCAACUUUGUAGAAACAAAUUUCUAUCUACAUGCAGCAUCUUUUGAAUUGUACAGCACCUUAAUUGUGUUGAAUUAAUUUUUCAGUACCGAAACAAGCAUCUCGCAGCUGAACACAGAAAAAUAAUAUUGUAUUCCAUCACCAUUGGUAAUGUCUUAAUCUGUCAUAUCUCUCACUCUGCCAAUAGCAUUGAACCAUAGAACGUCUUUCUUCAAGAGCGCACCUGGAACUGAGACAGCCACAUUUAAAAACAUAAGGUGCCCACCUGUAAGCUCAUGCUGAACAGUGGAGGCAAAACUAAGGAAUCACACAAGCAAUGAGUCGGAUUGCAGUAUACUGCCACAUCCAUCACAAUGAUGGUGAACAACGAAAUAGCUAAUAAGAAGAGGAUGCUGCAAAAACUCCCCCAUCUUAACAAUGGGAAUCAACCAGUUGAGUGCAUAACACACCAUAGAAGCUUUUUCAAGCAUCUUAAGACAAAUUGAUGAGCGAAUGAUUGUGAAAUUGAUAGUUCCUGAGAGCAUUGCAGAAACUAAUUCCAUUCACUCCCUGAGAUAUCAAAAAGUUGUUGAUGGCAUUAAAUACCGAAAAGGCAAUUGUAAUACUUAAUUCUUGAUUCCAGAGCCGAAUAUGUUUCUAUCAAUGGUAUUCUGGUAAAGUUACAAUGACGGCAUAUGAAAAAUUACUGAGAUUAAACCUGUCCACAAAAAAGUGGUCCAAUCCAAAGUUAAUCACUCUUGUUUUCAGUGCUAUAGACACGUGAUUGUAGAAUCUUUAGACUAAUAAUGUGGUGACCAUGUUCUGGAAAUGACUGUUACCCUUUGUGCGGUUGAUUACUUCUCUCAAUUCGUAUAGUCCCAUUGAUUAGCAUAGCCAGCACUGAGGAAAGGACCCAUGAGAUGCAGAGUUAGUGAAAACUGCUCAUUUAUGCAGGAAAAACAUCAAACUGCAUUGAUCAGAUACAGUUGCAAUCUGAAUGAACUGCAAUGCUUCUUCCAGUAAAGUAUUAAUCCAUUGUGCAUCUUGAAAUAAUCAAUUGUUAUAAACUUAAAAUUAAUCUCAUUUAGGGAUUUCUCGAUAUUGAAUGAUUGUGGAAUUUAUGAGCUUGAAAUGCUAGCACCUUAAUUUACCUUCCUGCCCACAUUUCUCUGGCCACCCUGAACUAUGAUCAUAAUAAUGCUUCCAGUCAUGGAGUGUGGCCAAAAGUAACAUUACUGAUGCACCCCAUUCAUUGAGUCAACAAUUAUAUUCUAAACAAAAUAUUCAACUUUGGAAAGUUUAUGUGAGUUGUGCAGCUGCGCAGUCAUUUUUUCCAAUAUCAGCAGGAAAGCCAAAAAGACAGUGAAAGUCAAAGAUGCUGCAAAUCUGAAGUAAAAUCAUAAAAUGUAGGAAAUGCUCAGGCCAGGCCACUGUGGCAUGACAAAGUUAAUGUUUCAGGUCAAAGACUCUUCAGCCAGCUAGAAGAAAGGUCUUCCAUCUGAAAGGUUACCUUUGUUUGUCCUCCCACAGUUGUGGCUUAACCUGGGUAUUUGCAGAAUUUUCUAGUUUUAUUUAGAAAACCAACAAGCCAGCACAAUAUGCUCCUAAUUGUACUAAAACUGCUUCAUGGUAGUCAUGGAAGCUCCAUCUUGUGUCAGAAAUGAGUGCUGCACAAACUGACAGUAGUCCAUGCACCCGAACACCAUCAAACCAAUAUACACUAAAAUGCAUCAUGCGUGGAAGUGCCAGUUUCUUUUAACAUUUGGUAAAUCGCACCUGGAAAUAUCUCCAGUGUAAUCUAUUCUUACAAUGCAUCCCAAGGUCUAGGUUAGUACCAUAUAUUCUACUUAAAAGAGUUUACAUUUUGCACAGUGGAUUUUUGUUGGAACCUCGUAAGAAAUAAAUUGUCAGGAUAUGUUUUUUACAGAAAUUUGGAUAACAAUAUAAUCUGGCUGCCCUAUCUUUUGUCAUUGUCAAUCAGACUGAAUAAUCUGACUAAUAUGUAACCAAAGAAGGUGCAUAUUUUCUGUGAUUAGAUCUUGUUAUCACCCCUGUGGUCUAUUGGAAACGUAAGCUAAAUCUUGGAUAAAAAUGCAUUACUUCUAUCCCACUAAUUUGUAACAUGAAAAGUCUUAGAGAGUCAUUUGAUUUGUUGUGCCUGUAACUUUUCUGAAAGCACUGACAUUUGUAUAGGGUCAUAGAGAUUGAGCACAGACCAGCCCUUUCAGCCCACUGUCUCGACUGACCAUCAUAAGUCAUAGGAGCAGAAUUAGGCCAUUGAGUCGAUUCUGCUAUUCAAUCAUGGCUGAUCUAUCAACCACCAAUUAGUCCAAAUUCUUAUUCCCUUUCCCAUAAUCAUGCAUGUUUUUCUUUUGAAAUAGCUGUCCAUGAAUCUGAUUACACAUUGCUACUAGCAUUUGCAUUCCAGAUCAUAAUACAGCUCUCAUCUUGCCCUAACUAUCUUCGAAUUCAGAGGUUGAACGGAGAUAGCAGUUACUAUAUACAUCAAUUUGCUACUUGCAGAUAUCUUGGAUAUGUAAGUUUAAUCAGACACAAAUAUUAAUACAUCCUGUGUUCAUAGUUCACAGCAUUUGUUGCACCUAAAGAAAUUAAAGGCUUUGAAAUUGAGAGGCAUUGGUCAUGAUACUCCAUAGAGAUUGUUCUGGUGGUAAACUAGAAAUUUCGCAAAGUUUAAAGGGAAUGGUGUUAUGUAAAGUCAGAUGGGAAACCCAUGUGAUGUGAUCAUCUUUUCAGCUGAAAACUAUUAAGGUGAUGAAUGUUUUAACAAAUGGGAAAAUACUAUAAAUGAGCAGUGCAUAUUUACUGUUCCACUGUUUCAAAGAUGAAAUGUGAUUAGAUGACUGGAACAUUUGUGAAUUCCCAAGAGCUAACAAUUUCACUUAAUUCUAUAUUUGUGUAGAUUCUUGUAGUUCCUACACCACUGCGUAAGAUGAUUUUAACAUCAAAUCAACCUUCUGAAGCUGAUAAUAGAAACUCUCCCCAGAAGCCAGUAUUAAACAGGAAUUCCUCUCUUGGAAUGUUACAGAUGUUGGUUAGACCUGUACUGUUGCACGCCAUUAAGAGGUGUAUGCAUACCUCAAAUACCCUAUUUUAAAGUGCCCAUCACACUGGAAAAUAAUUGAAGAGACAUAAACACAUCCUCUUCCAAUAGCUUGCACUUUGAUUCAUUUUGUACUUGAAAUGAAUGUUCAUAUCUUUUUACCAGUUAGAGAAAGAUAUAUCACCAUUUUGUCCCUUUUUCCAAAUCGCAAGCUAUUUGUAUCAUAAAAACUAUGGACUAUGCAGAGGAAAUGUCUAUCAAUGGACUUUCAUUGUUGUAUUGAUUAUUCAAAAUAAAAAGCAGUAACUUUAAUUUACUCUGAAUUGUUCUUGAUAUAUUAACUACUAAACAAAGCUGGGUCUAAUUCUAAGUCCAAAUUCGUUAAAUGCAAGUGUGUUUAGAUAUUUGCCAAGGUGGUGUUUAUUUUUCACCAAAACUAUAUUUGGGUUCAAAUCUGAACAUCAUUUUUUUUACAAGUUUUCUUUCCCACUAAACUUGAAAUAUAGUCAAUUUUUAGUUGAAUGUUAUUGCAAUCAAAUCACUUUCCCAAGUUAUGUGUACAUUAAAAUAUCAGAUACCAAAAUGCUACCCAUUUAAAGUUAUUACUUUAUACACCUUAGUUUACUCAGGAAUCAAGAAUUAAACCUCUACCAAGAUUUUGUUUUAAUCCCCCUUUCCCUUGCACCAUCUGUAACCACGAGCAUCGACCAAAAGCUUCCAGGUCCUCUAGCAUUGAUCAUGAAACAUGGGAAUGGUCCAGGUAUUUAUUAUGCUACCUUUUCCAAAUGUUUCCAGUCAAAUAUUGAGAAAUCCUAUUGGUUGCAUCUCCAUCAUUUACAUAUGGAUAAUUGUUACCUUGCAGUUAGUUGCCCAUUCCAUUAAUUGUGCAAUUUGGUAAUGUUUUCUUGGUACCCAAGGAACAUUUGGAACUUGAAAGCUGGGAAGCCUUAAACCCAUCAGUGGAUUUUUUUUUAAAUAAUAACAUUCUAUAUUUAUAAUUUAUAAUAUACAAUAAAAUAAUUGGGAAGAAUGUAAGGCAUAAAAAUAAUUGGCACCUGAAAAUUCAAGACAUUGGCAAGGGAACAAAUUAGUUUUUACUUGUACUUCGUUAGAUAUUGACGAAAUCCAAUCUGAACAUUGAUGCAUAAUCUAAAUGAGCAUCUGUAGAUUAUAAAAUACCAAUUUCGUCAAAGAGGUCAUGAAAAUAAAUUUCUUAAUUUUGAUGCAUAAAUUUUGUAUCCAAUUUCAAAAGGUAGGGAAAAUAAUGACUAAAUAGCAUGUGGUCUUUUUUUGAUAUUUUUAUUGUAGCUUCAAUUUGCAGAAAGUUAGAAACUAAAUCGCUUUAGCAAGCAGCUUAAUUUUAUAAAUAUAAUAAUCAAGUAUGUAGCUCACCCUAUGGCCACUGACAUAAUAUUUUGCACUUAUGCAAAAAUUGAGAUAUGAGCAAAGAUAUCAUGAAGCCCAUGUGAAGUAUUGACCAGUUCAGAAGUUAGUGUUGCAACAGACCCCAAGAUUGAAACUGUUUUCUACAUCUUAAAGUGCCUAUUAUGCAUUUACUAUUUUUGAAAGGAGAUCUAUGAAAAUACCUGUGAAAUUAAUGGUGAUAAUGUACAAUGAGAAUCUUUAAUUUGCCUUUCACAUAACAAUCUAGUAAGGUUGAAUGUUAAUCUGAAGGAUGUAAUGGUGAUUUGUAACAAUACAUUUAGUAGUUUGUUAGAAAAUAAUUGCAUGAAAUAUGACUUGGCUGCAUAAUACAAGUUGGUGGAUGUUUCCAUUUAUUUUGCAAAAAUAAUAUAAUUCUCUUUGUCAAACUAUUAACCCAAUUUGUACUUUGCAACCUUGCACAAAAAUGCAAGGGGAUAGGGAAAAUAUUCCAUGCAACUGUUCAAAAGCAAGUGGUUAUUUGUGGCUUCACAAUUCAAAUCGUAUGAGCUUUUAACAAUUGCUCCUGCUAUGUAUGAUGAUAUUGCUAACUAGCUACUCAACAAGCAAAUAGUAAAGUGUCUAACCAAAUACCUGAUUGUGUUAAACUAGUCAUACUGUUUAUUAUCAAUAGUGCUAUGUUCAUUCAGAGACCAAGAUUAGAAUGUUUAAGCUUGUCUGUGCUUUGGAGCACAUUCGCAAAUUGCAGGAUGGUUUAAUAGUUCAUAGUUGUAAAUUAAUUACUUUGUACAAAUGUACAUGU